GCUCUCAAAUUUUCAGCUUUUCAUCAUCAUCAUCCUCUUCUUCUUCUCUCUUGAGUAAUGGUGGUAGUAGUAGUGGUGGUGGUGGGUGUGGUUUAGGGUGAGAUGAAGAUGAGUGGAAAAGGAGAAGGAUUGAUGUGUGUGAAGGUGAUGACUGAUGAGCAGAUGGAGGUUCUAAGGAAGCAGAUCUCAGCAUACGCCACCAUCUGUGAUCGGCUUCUCCAUAUGCAUAAGGCCAUGACCGCCCAUCAAGACUCUCUCUCAGGAAUGAGACCGGGAAGUCUCUGUUGUGAUCCAUUGAUACCAUCUGGUCACAAAAUCACAGGAAGGCAACGUUGGACGCCGACACCGAAACAAUUGCAAAUUCUCGAGAUGAUAUUUGGUGAAGGCAAUGGGACUCCAAGCAAGCAAAAGAUAAAACAGAUAACUAUUGAACUUUCGCAUCACGGUUUGAUCUCUGAAACAAAUGUAUAUAACUGGUUUCAAAACAGAAGGGCGCGAUCAAAGCGAAAGCAGACAGCUACAUUACUGAAUCAUAAUGAAUCAGAAGUCGAGCCGGAGUUUGAGUCAGGGAUGAGAAAUUUGCAUGAAAAUGAAAAUACACAAUUGAGUGCUGCUGGUCAUUUAAUGGAACCUGAAACUGGUGGAAUGCAAAGCAUUCAUGCAUCAAAUGAGAACCCAAAAUCUUCAGGGAAUGUUGGUCAACUGGCUUUUUAUGGAUUUGACCAAAUAAUGGGAAAGGAGUAUGAAGGACACUACAAUCUUUUUUAACCAGGAGAACCUUAUGAUAUGCCAAGGUGACAGACUAAAUGACAUCUUUAGGGGCCCUUUUUUUAGAAAAAAAAAAAAAAUUCUUUUUUUCCAAUCUAGGAGGUGUAGGCUUAUUUGAUUUCUUAAUUCUUAUGUAUAAAGAUUGA